AUGGUCUCUUUCAGCAAGAUCACUGUCGCCCUGGCGGGUUUCAUUGCGGUGGCCUCGGCUGCGCCGACCACCAAGCCUCGCAAAAGCUUCACGGUGACCCAGAUUGCCCGUCCGGCCUCCAGCAAGAACAUCCCCGGCCUGUAUGCCAAAACCAUGAGGAAGUAUGGAGCUACGGUCCCGGAGAGCGUCAAGCUGGCCGCCGAGAGUGGUUCCGUUAUCACCACCCCGACUCGCAACGACGCGGAAUACAUCGCCCCCGUGACGGUGGGCACCUCGACCCUGCAUCUCAACUUUGACACUGGUUCUGCGGACCUGUGGGUGUUCUCUAACGAGAUGAACGCACACGACACCCGGGCCCAUGGCGUCUACACUCCAUCCGGCAAUGCCACCAAGCUGAACGGCUACACCUGGGGCAUCACCUACGGUGAUGGCAGCUAUGCCAGCGGUGACGUCUACCGCGACUAUGUCAGCGUCGGCGGCGUCUCGACCUACCAGCAGGUCGUCGAAGCCGCCUCCAAGGUCAGCUACGACUUCGUGGUGGACGGCACCGACGGUAUUCUGGGUCUUGGAUUCAGCAACGUCAACACUGUCAAGCCCCAGCCUCAAAAGACCUUUUUCGACACCGUCAAGUCGCAGCUCGACCAGCCCGUGUUCGCUGUCGCUCUGAGUCACGAUGGCCCUGGCAGCUAUGACUUUGGUAAAAUCGACCGCAGCAAGUACACGGGCUCUAUCGCCUACACCAAUGUCGACAGCUCGAAGGGUUACUGGAGCUUCAACGCCACCGGCUACGCCGUGGGCGACGGAGCGGCGACUUCCUCCCUGAUCAAUGGCAUUGCUGACACCGGCUCCAGUCUCCUGAUGCUCCCCACCGACGUCGUCAAUGCAUACUACAGCCAAGUCCCUGGUGCGCACAAUGACGACAAUGUCGGCGGAAUGGUCUUCGACUGCUCUACCCAGCUGCCCGACUUUACAGUCCUGAUCGGUGACGCCAAGGUCGUCGUGCCCGGCAAGGUGAUCAACUACGCGCCCAUUCAAACCAACAAGUCCGAGUGCUUUGGUGGCAUCCAAGACAAGCAGGACGCGCCGUUUUCCGUCUUUGGCGACGUCUUCCUGAAGGAGCAGUACGUCGUCUUCAACGCGGAUGGACCCAAGCUGGGAUUCGCCCCUCAGGCGCAAGCGGGCCAGUAA